AUGGGAUGUUACCAAGUUCGUUCUUUUCCAGUCUAUUGCUACUCGUGGAGCCCUCGCUUGCCAUCCUUUCGAGAUCAGCUGUCAUACCUUCUUUGGUAUGGCCAAUUAUUACGACAGCAGCCAGAAAUACAACACACAGUCAGUUGUGUUCCGGGCCGCUGGAGCAAAGUUCAGUACCAAGAGAUUUCCAAUCAUGGAGCUCAUGAUAUGACAUCAUUUGAGUACAAAGGUCACACUUACCUGGCAGUGGCAAACCACUACAAUCAGAAGUACAACAUAAACAGCAUUUCGUACAAGCGGAUGUAG